UAAAAAUGGCGGCAUCAAAACAUUUCAAUCUCUAUGACCUUGUUUGAAACAAUUUCUGAAAGCUGUCGACAUGGAAGUGUAAGAGGAAGUCUCGUAAUCUUACCUUAUUCAAUUAUUCAGGCGUUUAAAUAGUUUAAAAUAGGAACCAGUUUAACUAUAAAUACAGGAACUAAAUUAUGUGAAGUCUUCAAUUUGAAUUUUGAAUUUUUCAGUCUUAAUGACAAGGCGGCUUUGUUGAGCAAUUACGAGGUAAAGUUGUUGUAGAAAUUUCCUUAGCCUAUUUCUUAGUAUGGGAGAUAAAAAAGAUGUAGCGUCAUCUAGCUGUUAAUUUUGUCAAUUGUUAUCAAUAUUACAUAUAUCUUGAGAAUUCAAACUCAAAUUCACGUUGCUUUCAACCAUCUCCCCAAGUACGCCGUGAAAAGAGAUAUGAGUUGUUGCACAUAAAAGCAUUAGUCACACAUGACUGGACAAGGGCACUAUUGGUAUGAUCAUGUUGGCUGAUCUUCUAUGAUGUUGUGGGCUGAUCUUUUAUUAUCUUCUGGCCUAUCUUCCAUAAUCUUGUGGGUUUAUCACAUAAGUUGACUCUUCAUUUUAAAAUUCUCCAUAGCUUUGAUCUUCAUCAUGAUUUUAGAAAAGAAAUUCUGAAGUGAUGAAAUUAUUUACACUACUCUGAUUUAAAGUCAGUUUGUAAACAAACAUCUAGUGAACACUGCUAAAAUGCUCUUGUAGGGGAACAAAUAAUUUCCUAGGAAAAAUUAAAUAUAUGAGUAUAUUUUUAAGCUGACUUAGAGUUGUUGUGUUAACAUUACUUCAAUCUGCAGCACAGGGACCAAAACAACAUCAAACAGCUGACUGUUAAAAAUGAACAAAUAAACAAACAAAUUUUAUGAACAAACAAAUUUGUUUCUUUGCAACAAACAUCUCACACUGGAAGCAAGUGUUUUACAUGAUGCAUUUACAUUAAUUGCACACCAGCAACUAUAGUCUAGGGAUUCUAACUCUAUUUAUUUCCUGUUUUCUUCAGGUUUAUCAACUUUUGCUUGAGACAGAAAACCAAAACAAAGUUGAUAAGGCUAAGAAGAGGCAGAAACACCUUGUUAACUUGUCAACAAUUUGCUAUGAGGUCAGUAAUAUUAUAAAAGGUUGAGCAACGUUUGUUGAAGAUUGCUUCUAAUUCAAAAUUAUACCAAAUUCUGACUUUUGUCCUAAGAUACAGUGUUUUUCACUCUUAGGCUCGGAAGCAUUUAGAGAAAACUCCUUGUAAACACCAGGUUAGACUUUGCAUAUUUAAUAAAUAAAUUUUAAACUUUUGAAUUAUUUGUGUUUCCUCAAGAAUCCCUUAGGUGGAUAGAUAUCAACUGGACUAAUAUAUGAUGGUAAUUUAGAAGCAGUGUUCGCAUUAAAGAUGGUUUCAAGGUGGUAUACCAAUGGCUAGAGUUUUGAAGCCAUGACAAAUAUUGUAAAUUACAGGACUAGUUCUAGGUCACGUAAGCCUGAACAUAAUUGACUUUUUCUGAAAUGCAAAUUUUAUUUUUUGUAGAGUCCAGAAGUAAUAGAAGAAUUUGUCAAAGCUAUGCAGCCAUUCAACUUAACAAGGUUUCCUGCUGUUACUUCAUGCAUUAACACAAUGUGUACUAACAUCAUCAAGUUAUGAGCUAAUGUGUUAAAUAUAUUUUACUAUAUUUUAAACAGAGCAGAGAAGCUUCAACUGUUGAACCUGAGACCUACUACACCAGUUGAAAUUCAGCUGGUAAGUUUUUUAGUGUUUUGUCUUGUUUCAUUGGAAUGUGAUCAUUUAGCUAUGAUUUGGUUUGUAACUUCUGCAUUUGAUUGCUUAGAAAUCAGUUUUGGCAUAGAGUUUAGUGGCCAAGCCUUUUGGUUCUCUCUCAUAUCUUGUAGCUUUUUCAUAGGGUUACUUUACUGCAUAAUUUUGUAAUUUUUUUAUAACUGUUUUUUUUUUUGUAGGGAGCCAUAAUGUUUUGUUUUAUAGAAUAUGUAAUUAGUGCCUCUAUGCUUUGUUUAGAUCAUUGAAGAUAGUGAAGAGCGUUUGAAAACUGAUCAAGAGAUUGAGGAACUUUUGAAUGUGAUUGCUACAAAGCUUCCUGAUCCUAAUGAAGAGACAGUGGUAGAGGAAACACAGGAAGAUGAUGAGGAAAUGUCUUAG